AUGGCUCUAAACAUACACUAUUUCUGGCCUACCAUGGCUAUGACUCUACCGAAUAUGCCAAGAGAUGUGAUCGCUGCUAUUGAUCUAGUGGUUCCCGUACCGCCAGCGCCUGCCAAGAAAGACACGAUGAUUGUCGUCAUCGACUACUUUACUAAAUGGAUUGAGGCCGAAGCUCUAUCAUCUACCAAGGAAGCUGACGUGGAACGAUUUAUGUGGAGAAACAUCAUCUAUUGGUUUGGCUGCCCGCAAUCGCUGGAUACCGAUAGUAGCUUACAAUUCAUUGGCAAGCAGAUUAUCGCAUUCUUCUCAAAAUACAAGAUCAAGCAACACCUGUCUACCCUGAGGUACCCCCAAGGCAAUGGUCAGGCUGAGGCAUCCAACAAAAUCAUAUUGGGUUGA